UUAUCGCCAGCAGCUCACACCUGAGGGCACCAUGAGAGCUGCUUCCGCGGCAGUCGUCUGCGCAGCACUGGCGCAGCUCGGCGCGGCAUCGACCUGUGGCGCGAAGGGCACGGACGACACCCCCUGGGCGUGGGGCAGCCAGCGCGUCUACGGGGGACAGGAGGCCACGAGCUGCGAGUGGCCGUGGCAGGUCUCCCUCCAGAGCUCCAGCGGGCACUUCUGUGGAGGGACGCUCAUCGCACCGAACUGGGUCUUGACGGCCGCCCACUGCUUCCCUCGUUCUUCGUUCUGGGUCGUCGCAGGCCUUCACAGCCAGUCCCAAUCGGACACGGUGGGAGUGCGACUGGAGGUGCAGCACGUGCACACUCACCCAAACUACGUCAACUGGGACCAGGGCUACGAUUACGUCCUCUUGGAGUUGGCCGAUGCGGCGCCCUUGAACGACUGCAUCGGCCUUGCGUGCUUGCCGACGGAGGACAUCGGUGCCGGUGAAGAGUGCUUCGCCACUGGGUGGGGAAAGGUCGACGGAGGGAGCGUCCCUGACUUGCUGCAGGAGGCGCAGGUGAGCAUCAUCAGCAACUCAGACUGCAGCGCGGCCUAUGGCCAAUCGCAGAUUACCGCCGACAUGCUGUGCGCGCAGGGCGUCAACAGCGACGGGGACGUUACCGACGCCUGCCAGGGGGACAGCGGUGGACCGCUCGUUUGUGCCUCUGGCGGCGCAUCCUACGUCUUGCACGGAGCCACGUCGUGGGGCUAUGGGUGUGCAGAUCAACGGUACCCUGGAAUAUGGUCUCGGGUUAGCUACGUGCGGGAUUGGAUCGACGAGUUGAUGGGGGUGACCGGGGCCCCGACCCCAUCAACUCCAGCACCUCCUCCAACGCCUUCUCCUAGCCACAUGUGGGCGGACAUUGUCGGCGAGUGCACGCUCGACGGCGCAUGUGUGCAGAGCGAGAAUUAUCCGCAGCCAUACGGCAACAACCAGAAGUGCACGAUCACGAUCGACGCGUCGAACGCAGCACCGAUCGUCGUCGAAAGUUUUGACGUUGAGUCGUACUUCGACUACCUAGUUGUCGACGGAGGAGCAAGGUAUACUGGAUCUUCAGGUCCCUCUGGGGUCACCCCGGCGGAGAGCGUGCUGUGGUCGUCCGACUUCAGCGUCACGAGGAGCAAGGUAUACUGGAUCUUCAGGUCCCUCUGGGGUCACCCCGACAUCCAGUAUCAUGUGGUCGUCCGACUUCAGCGUCACGAGGAGUGGCUGGAAAUUCUGUAUGCCGGUGUCAACACCUGCACCCCCUCCGACUGCAGCACCGACGCCUGCACCGACGGCUGCGCCCGGCUCCGGUACUACAGCAACAACCAGCAGUGCACGAUCGAGAUCAACGCGGCGAGUGCAGCACCCAUCAUCGUGGAGUACUUCAACGUGGAGUGGUACUUCGACUACCUCCUGGUCGACGGCUGGAAGACCUUCAGCGGAAGGCGCCGCCGUCCGCAUGGGUUCACCCCGUCGUCCAGCAUCCUGUGGUCCUCCGACUCCAGCGUCACGCGGCGCGGCUGGAGACUGUGCGAGCCCGGUCGCCGCCUCGUGGAGGAGGCCGCGCUGGAGAAGAUCGUCGUCGAGCCCAGGGCCGCGCAGCUGUAUCCGCGGACGCUGGCUCACGGCGAGCUGGCGUGCGGUCAGCCGGAGCAGGCGGAGGCGACGGCGCUCGCCAGCAAAAGCGUCGUCGCGACGGCGCCUGUGGCCGGUGCUGGCGACGCCAUGACGUGUUCGCUGCUGCGCGAGCAGGCGAGCAGCCCCGACGGGUGCCUGUGGGGCUUCGGCGGCGAGCUGCGCGAGGAGACCGAGUUGCUGGGGGCCAUCGGCCAGAUCGGCCCGUCUGUCUUCGACACCGGGCAGAUCGCGCUCCUGGACUUCGUCGGUGGAGAGUUUGUCUUCUGGCCCCUCGGCUGGCCCCAGACACUUCGUAUCCACGGCAUCUUCCCGCAGCCGCCGGCCCAGGGAGGCCGCGCUGCGGGGCGCCAGGGGCAGUCCGGGUCGAGGAUGGGGCGCUCGGCGAAGGUCUCAGAAAGGAAGGUUCUGAAGCAGGGCCCCGUUGAUGCCGCCCUUCCAGCCCGCGCCAGCUUCACCCGGCACGCCGCGGGCAUCUUCGGGGUUCCGACGGACUUCGAGGAGGUCGCGUGCCCGGGCGCCUUUGUCGUGCAGGCGGUUUUCUUCAUGUUUCCCGCGAUUGCCCCUGGCCACGACGGGUUUCCCUUGCUGCGCUUUGACCCCCCUCGCGGCGUCCAAAUCCUCGGGGGCCGCCAGGUUCGGCUUGCCAUGGGCCCCGCGUCACUGGUGGACCUCGGCGCGCCCCCGUGCCGCGCGCCCCGCGCGGGCCCGCAGCUCCUGGUGGUUGGGGAAGUCGCGCUGUGGAAUUCUUGGCGGGCCUCUCCUUGGAUGCCGAGAUAG